AUGGAAGCGGUUACCUUUAACUUAGAAUCACUUGAAACUGUCAGCGAUAAAAAGCUAAAACUAUUUGGCUUUCUGAUUGAUCCUUGUGCAAAAGGCUCGAAAGACGGAGAAUCCAUUGAGGAACAAGGAGGUUUUAAUUUUAUCCCUUCAAAUCGCAAGAAAUACAAAUGCCGGUUUUGUUGUAAGAAGUUUGUGAAUUCACAGGCUUUGGGGGGUCACCAAAAUGCCCAUAAAAAGGAGAGAGUGAAGAAGAAAAAGAUGGAGCUUCAAGCUAAAAAGGCUAAGUUCAAUCUUUAUUCCGGGUCAAUUCACGCUUCUACUUUGACUUUCGAUUGCUUUUCAUCGUAUUUUAGCUUCUGCUACUCGGAAGACUAUCAAAAUAUAAACUUCAGCCAUACCCGCAUUGGCGAUUUACCUUGCUUUACUUCUUGCUCCAAGUUCCAGCAAGAUGUCGUGCUUACAGGAUAG